GUCAGUAUCCGAGGUUGUUCUCGGAAACGCUCCUAUAUUUAAGUGUAGAAGAAGAAACAAAGCAAAACAACAUGGCAGCCUCCACACCGCACGCUGGACCCACUUCUGAAGAGACAGACCCGCCUGAAAGUGUCCGAACAGAACCGAAUAAAGAUCCCGGAACAUCAGAAUCAGAGUCGGAAAGACUGGAGGAUGAUGCGGAGGAGGAAGAGGAGCCUCCCGGCCCGAAGAUCCGGGARACCCCGCAGGACAUCCAGCUGGAGGCCAUCGCCAACACGGUGGCUCUGCACCCCAGCAGGGACAUCUUGGUGUGCGGGGACGUGGACGGGGACGUGUACGCCUUCUCCUACUGCUGUACGGAGGGGGAGAACCGGGAGCUGUGGUCGUCCGGACACCACCUGAAGUCCUGCCGCCAGGUGCGCAUCUCGGCGGACGGGCUGAAGCUGUACAGCGUGUCCCGGGACAAGGCCGUCCACCUGCUGGACAUGGAGCGGGGGCAGCUGGUGUCACGGAUCCGGGGGGCCCACGGGGCCCCCAUCAACAGCCUGCUUCUGGUGGACGAAAACAUGCUGGCCACGGGGGACGACGGAGGCACCCUGAAGGUGUGGGAUAUGAGGAAGGGAACAGCCAUCAUGGAAAUGAAAAACCAUGAGGAUUACAUCAGCGACAUAACUGUGGACCAGAACAAGAGGAUUCUGCUCACUGCCAGUGGCGACGGCACCAUGGGCGUCUUCAACCUGAAGCGGCGGCGCUUUGAGCUGCUGUCGGAGUACCAGAGCGGUGAUCUGACCUCGGUGGCGGUGAUGAAGCGAGGGAAGAAGGUGGUCUGCGGCUCCAGCGAGGGAACCGUUUACAUCUUCAACUGGAACGGCUUCGGAGCCACCAGCGACCGCUUCGCUCUGAAGGCGGAGUCAGUGGACUGCAUCGCGCCGAUUACAGAAAACAUCAUGUGCACGGCGUCCAUGGAUGGAUACAUCCGAGCCAUCAACCUUCUCCCCAACCGGGUCAUCGGAUGCAUCGGGCAGCACGUCGGCGAACCYGUGGAAGAGAUCGCCAAGUCCUGGGACACCCGCUUCCUGGUCAGCUGUGCCCACGACCAGCUCAUCAAGUUCUGGGACAUUUCUGGUUUGCCCAAACUGAGCGUGGACGAAUACCGCAAGAGGAAGAAGAAAGGCGGGCGGAUGAAGUCGCUCACCAAGAAGGCUCUGGGCGACAAUGACUUCUUCUCUGGACUUGUGGAGGAAACUGAGAAAAAAGAGGAAGAAGAGCAGGAGGAAGGUGAUGAUAGCGACAGCGACAGUGGGAGUGACUGAGUGGGAGCGCCGGCGGACAUUUUGUUCAGAGCGUGAAGAACUUGUUCAUGAGUUGGUAUGAGCUGCUGCUUUGGUCACUCAUUUACUUUUACAACUCUGAUGAAUCUUCAUUGUGAAAAUGUUGUGAAAGCAAAAGAAACUUCUGUAGCAGACAGAAAAUAAAACUUUUUCAGUUUUAGCUAAAACUGCCGUUACUGCAGACCUCAAAGCAGUUUGUUGUAUUUUAUGUGUGAUAAAUAAAAAGUAUUUCAUAACCAUGAGAUGGAAGCAAGAUUAUACAUAAAUGUCAAGAUAUUUUACCAAAUAAAACUGAAAAGUUUUGGGUUUUUUCAUGUUAA